AGACGGCUCAAACAGCAGCUCGGCCGUCUGCGUGCUCUCAACCAGUUUGUGAAAGUCAGCAAGAGUCAAGGUGAGCAACCAUGAUAUUCCUCAUGGACUUGCAGAUGAUGCUGCUGGAUAUUAUUUACUUCAUCCUGCGUAACACUUUACGGGCCGUGCUGCGGCCGCGCAUUAAACCCAUCGACGGUGAGCUGGUGCUGAUCACCGGUUCGGGAGGAGGCCUGGGUCGUCUCUUUGCCCAGGAGUUCACUAAGCAAGGCGCCGAGGUAGUGCUGUGGGACGUGGACGCCGCGGCCAACGAGAACACGGCUAAAUUGGUGCGUGACUUGGGGGGCAAGGCGCACGCUUACACUGUGGAUGUCACCAAACGAGAGGAAGUGUAUCGCUACGCGGACGUGGUGCGGAAGGACCUAGGCCGGGAUGUCACCAUGCUCGUGAACAACGCCGGGGUGGUCGCGGGCCAACGAGUACUCGACUGUCCGGAUGAGCUCAUCGAGAAGACCAUUAAGGUCAACUGUCUCGCGCUCUUCUGGACAGUGAAGGCCUUCCUGCCUCAGAUGAAGGCCCAAGAUCACGGCCACAUCGUGACCAUCGCCAGCGUGCUGGGCCUCUUCAGUACAGCCUGCGUCGAGGACUACUGUGCCAGUAAGUUUGCUGCGGUGGGUUUCCACGAAUCUCUGGCUCACGAGCUGCUGGCUGAGGAAGUGGAAGGCGUGAAGACCACUCUGGUGUGCCCUUACAUUGUGGACACGGGCAUGUUUGAGGGCUGCAAGAUAAGAGAGGAGGUGGAGUUUUUUCUGCCCCCUCUGGAGCCUCAGUACUGUGUGGAGCAGGCCAUGAACGCCAUCCUCAUCGACCAACCCCUAGUGUGCAUUCCACGUCUCACUUACCUACCGGGGAUCUGCAGAGCGUUACUGCCAUGGGAAUCCAAUGUGGUUUCGUAUCGUUUCAUGGGCUCCGACAAGUGCAUGUAUCCCUUCAUUGAGGCCAAGAAGAACCAAAUGGCAAAUGGUGUUAAUUCACUUGCAUAGGUUUUCAAUCUUAGCAUGUUAAAAACAGAAGACAUUUAACACAAAGAAAAACUUACUUCUGUACUGCCAGGAUUUACUCACAUAUUGAAGGUCAGGACAACUGCAGAAGGCGAGGUGACGACUCAGACAAGUGGUUAUCAGCUCUGCAUUAGGUCCACUCAAACAAAGUAGUUAAAUAACUCAACUCUGUAACUGCUGUGUUGUAUGUGUUCACACAAUUAAAAAAAACUACAUUGUCGAAAUGGACACAAAGCUUUUAUGUUGCAAGUAUAGCAACGAAUGGAUUCACAGGUUUGUUGUACCUUCUGCCACCCAGUGGACCCCCCCUAAAAAGAAAAAAUUGGUCCAGCACUGACCUGGAAAGAAUAAAGACUAGAUAAUGCAGACAUUUGUUUCGUGCAUAUGAGCACACAGGUUUAUUUCCAUAAGGAGCAAAAGGGACGGGAGGCCGACAUCAAGGAGGGGAAAGGGAGUUAAGACUGCCCCGCCAUGAACAGUGGAGACAUCAUGUUACAUCACACGCUACGUUUAUUUGUAGUGACACACUCUUUCUUCCCGGCCCUGCACGGUAAAUGUUGGUAACACGUCACUUGUGGGUUUUUGAGCGAAA